GAAGAGCGUCGAGAGCAUGUGGCGAAGAUGAAGAAAAUGGAGACUGAGAUGGAACAAGUGUUUGAGAUGAAGGUCAAGGAGAAGAAACAGAAAUUGAAGGACUCUGAGAAUGAACUGCAGCGCCGACAUGAACAGAUGAAGAAAAACCUGGAGGCUCAAUACAAGGAGCUGGAGGAGAAGAGGAAGCAGUUUGAGGAAGAGAAAGUAGCAUGGGAGGCAAAGCAACGCUUGUUGGAACAGCAGAAACUGGAUGCUUCAAAAACAAUGGAAAAGAACAAGAAGAAAGGGAAGAUCUUCUGAAGAGGUUUAUUAUUAGUGGAAAUGUUUUAAGGCUCAUUCCUUUGGCCAUACUGCAACGGAGAGACAUCGCUUAAAUCUGAGCAGACAAUUACUUAGCUCCCUGCAAGCCCAGGACUAGUGAAAAAAACAGUAAAUUCUUCAUAUGUCCCUGGCACUGAGCUCCUUUACAGUGGGCCUCUUGUCUUGUCUUAAUAUCCCAUGAAUCACAAGCUGUGUGGUAAUGAUGACAUUUGGUACCUGCUGCUCAUGCUGCAUGCUCCUCACACUGCCCCCCAUGUGAGAGUAAAACUCAGCUCCACAUUCUGUCUGCUUGGUGUGUGAUUGCCACCUAGUGGCAGAUUCUUCAUAUGCCACACACUCAUCUAACACAAGGAUCACAGUGUGGCCCCAUCCAGUUUGGCCAUUGUAUCCUCCUCUGGUAUUAAUUUCUUGAGCAAGUUGUGCAAUUCCAGUGCUGGUAAUUGUGGUUUGCAAAAGGUCAGCAGUCUCGUUGGUUCACACUGGGCCAUAGAAACAGAUCACUGAAGUGCUGAUUUUAAUCAUUCAACGCAAAACAAAAUGAACAAUUUUUGUUUCAU